CUCUGUGGUAUGAGUAUGGUGCUGGGCAUGGUCGGUGACCUGAUGCGACGUGCUCCACUGACCCCUGUAUUUUCGCCCGUCAAAAGCAGCGAGGAGGAGGAGGAGGAGGAGGAAGAGAUCAAGGAAGAAGAAUCAAAAACCAUGAAGCAAGAGGAGAAAAAGGAGAACAUGUUCACGCAUCGCCAGGAGAAGAAGAACACUGAGCUGGACGAGCAACUGAAGGAGUACAUCGCAGAAUGGCGCAAACAGAGAUCCAAGGAGGAGGACGAGCUGAAGAAGCUGAAAGAGAAGCAGGCCAAGAGAAAGGUGCUGCGCGCCGAGGAGGAGAAGCGGCUGACUGAGGCCAAGAAGGCCGAAGACGAGCGCCGCUACCGCGAGGAGCAGGAGAAGAAGCAGCGCGAGCAAGAGGAAAAGAUGCGCCGCCUGCAGGAGGCCGAGAAGAAGCGUCAGGCGCUUGCGCAGGCGCAAAAGGCGGCCGCUGGCGCUGGCGCUAACUUCAAGGUCGGCAAGAAGGAUGACAAGCUUUCCAAUAUCCAAGCUGCCAAGACGGAAAUCAGCAAGACCAAGGAGCAGCUGGCUGAAGAGAAGAAGAUCGCACUCAGCAUCCGCAUCCAGCCACUCAAAGUGGAGGGUCUGGGCCUGGAGGCGCUGAAGAAAAAGGCGGAGGACAUGUGGAACAACAUCGUGAAGCUGGAGACAGAGAAGUAUGACCUCGAGGAGCGACAGAAGCGGCAGGACUACGACCUUAAAGAGCUCAAAGAGCGGCAAAAGCAGCAGCUGCGACACAAAGCGCUUAAGAAGGGGCUCGAUCCCGAGGCCCUCACCGGAAAACACCCGCCCAAGAUUCGGGUCGCCUCAAAGUUCGAGAGGACUAUAGAUCAUCGCACGUACGUCGACAAGCAGGACCUCUUCAACGGAGGUCUGGAUAAACUGACCUUGGAGGCACAUGAAAAGAUAUGGACUGAGCGGUUGAAAGCCUUCAGAAGCAAGACCAAAUCGCGCCUGCCUAAGUGGUUCGGUGAGCGGCCCGGCAAGAAGUCGGACGACCCCGAGACGCCUGACGAUGAGGAGAAGGAGGAGGAGAUGGCGCCGCCGCCACAGGAGGUCGAGGAGGAGGAAGAAGAGGAAGAAGAGGAGGAGGAAGAGGAAGAAGAGGAAGAAGAAGAGGAAGAAGAGGAGGAAGAGGAGGAAGAGGAGGAAGAAUAAACUCCCCACGUGACGCGUGUUUCUAGCGUAUGCUCCAAUCCUGUGUACCAUCGUCGUUCAGCCGGGCCUCCUCUUCGUUGUCGACGGAUGCCGAGCGUCGGAGGACGCCGGUGCACCAGUGACGUCAUUGUACCAACCGGCUGACAACGCCCGCCGCUGCACCACGUCGGGCCGGGCCAACCAGCGGUGUCACGUCCCCGACUCCCGACGGCCGGAGGCCGGUGUUUCUCAUAUUCACGUCUACGUGCAUGUCUCCUGGUAACCGCGCGCGGGACGGCCGAGCAGCGGGGCGGGUGACGGUCCUGGUGGGUGUGGAUGGCGCCGAGGAGGCCCCAGCCCCUCCCCACCCGCCCUGUCCCCUCCCACCAGGCUGACGUGGCGUCCCCUCCGCCGCCCGUCCGCAGACCGGCGCGUCCAGGUCGCUGAAGCGGGCCGGGGGUGCGGCCUGACCUCGCCUCGUGUCACUUCCCCUGAGCUGGAUGUUAACGAUCAAUACACGCCUCGGUACGG